GAGUUUUUUUUACUUUUGGACGUCUUCAUAUUUCUACAGACGGUCACCACGAGUCUCGUGAAUGUAUUCCGCCAUGGGUACCUUCGUGGUAUUAAUUGCACUGAUGACGUCGACUGUUACUGUCUGCAGUGUAAGCCGCCGCUUCGUUAACGUGCAAGACUUCAAAGAAUGCGCAAAAGAUAACCUUCAUCCACACGCGUACAAGUACAUUGAAAGCGUUUUCACCCGUGGCCAGACUCACGACGAGAAUAUUGAUGCUUUCAAGACAUUUCGUCUACGGCCAAGGCAUUUGCGAGAUGUGAGUCAUAUUGAUACAAGUACAACUGUUCAAGGACAAGCAGUAGAUAUCCCAAUAGGCAUUUCUCCGUCUGCUUUUCAUAAAUGGUUCCACCCAGAAGGAGUGAUAGGCACUGCGUCGGGUGCCGCUGCUAAAAACGCCCUCAUGAUCCUCUCGGAGGUAACGGGCACACCGUUGGAGGAGGUAGACAGGGCGGUUCCACACGGACAUCGUUGGAUGCAGGCGUACAUGGUGAAGCCAAGGAGCGACAUGCUGAGGCACAUUAGGAGGGUUGAAGCAGCUGGUUACAAGGCCAUAGUGCUAACCAUAGAUGAGGUUGCCUUAAGACGAAUAACUUACUCUAAUUUUGAAUAUCCCGCUUCUUUCGACUAUGUAAACGUUCCCAGGCCAGUGAUUGGUGGUAGCGUAGGCGACGUGGAGAAUCAAAUUGACACAGUCACUUGGGACGAUGUGGAUUGGUUGAAAAACGUGACACGUCUUCCAAUCAUUCUCAAGGGAAUUUUAACCCCAGAGGACGCCGAACUUGCGGUGCGCCAUGGUGUGGAUGGCGUGUAUGUAUCCAACCACGGUGGCCGUACACUUGAUGGUACUACAGCCACUAUUAACGCGCUCUGGGAUGUGGUGCGUGCCGUUAGGGGGCGAUGUGAGAUUUACCUAGACGGAGGAAUUCGGAACGGGAGGGACGUUUACACGGCGUUAGCUCUAGGGGCUCAAGCCGUCUUCAUCGGUCGUCCUGCUAUCUAUGGUCUCGCCACUAACGGCUCCCAAGGUGUUCAAGACGUACUUGACAUACUGACUAACGAACUAGAAAGUACCAUGGCACUCACAGGCGUGACCCGAGUGUGUGACAUUAGCCCUUCCUAUGUGGUGAAACAAAGUUACUACGAGAACCAGUUUCCAUCAAAUCGUUUUUCAGCUAAAUUCUUCGGAUAG